AUGCCCGACGAUUACUCGUUUAAGCCAACAAAAGGCUUGAAAUUUAAGAAUGACAGUGGUUUAAAGAGGAAGAAAAAGUCAUCGGCUCAGACAGCCCCAAAGGAUAACGCUAUAGGGCCAACACCCAAGAUACUCGCACAGAAUCAGAAAUCAAGUUCGAUCACAUCCAGCGACAGCGUCUGCACCACAAAGUGA